UCGCGCAAGGUGUAUAAAUAUUAGGCUAAUUCGCCACGGUCGGAGGUGGUGGGGCAGUGAAGCCAGAGGUGUUGCACGUCUUUGUUCCAACUUUACGACAGCUUCUUAAUAAAAAACUUGUCCACUUCUGUUACGGUGUCCUUGUGUGAAGAUUUAUUAAUUAUUAAUAAACAUAUUUUUUAAAUAUGAUUUUGAAAGUGUGGUUCGUUGCAGCGAUAGCAACAAUCGCUUUGACUACUGUCUGUAGUGGUAAAGUAACACCAGCGGAGCAAUGUCCAGGGGAGUCGUUUGAAGGCUUGCAGGACAGGAUCCAAGUGAAACCGUGCGGCAAAACACGUUGCAAGCUGGCGAAGAACACGAAUAUAACCGUCAUAUUUAAAUUCUCUGCAGAGGAAGAAGUCAAAACUCUGACGAACGAGGUGUUGGCGUUAGUAUCAGGUUUGCCGAUUCCGUUCUUCGGCGUGGACGGGAGCGACGCCUGUGGUGACGUGCAGCGUUCCGACACGGGCGAGAAGGCGAGCUGCCCGCUGCCAGCCGGCCACGACUACUUGUACACCAACGUGUUCCCCGUGCUUCCUAUCUACCCCACGCUCAGCACCAGGGUGCACUGGAGCCUGAGAGACGGUAACAAACGACUGAUAUGUUUCGAGGUACCGGCGGUCAUUACGGAGGGCAAACAUUAAUUGAAACCGUAAUAGUAUAGGCACCUUGCUUGCUGAAAUUUUAUUGGCGUUUUAUGAAUGUCCACCACCAGGGACGCUCUCCUAAGAGUAUCUACUCACUAAAAUAUGUAGAAGUUUCUUACAAAAACCUUGAUUUAGCGUUGAAGGAGAUAUGCAUAAUUGUAAAUAUUGAAUUAAACACAUUUUUAUAUUACUAAUUUUAAUUAUCUAAUUGCAAUAAUAAAAACAAAGUAAAAACGUCCAA